CCAAAACGUUUCUAUAAAGAAUAUAAAGUACAUUCAAACAUCAAUACUUAGUAAUCUACAUCGAAGAAGAUUUUAGCGAGAAAAUGAAUUCUAUUAACAUUUGGGUUAUUGCAGCCAUUUCUUUAAUAUUGGUUCAAGUUCACGGUAAACAGAUUGAGAAAGAAUGUUCCGGAAAGGCAGCAAAUAUUAUAUUUGUUAUGGACACAUCAAGUAGUAUUUGGAUUGUUGACUAUAAAAAACAGAUAAGAUUCUUCCAGAAAAUGAUAGAAAACUUCCACAUUGGGCAAAGUAAUUCGCAUGUGCGAGUGGGUGCCAUAACAUUCAGUGAUAGAGCUCAUUUGGAAUUCCCUCUCGAUAAAUUCACUAACAAAGAAGAUUUGAAAGUAGCUUUAGGCGCAAUCCCUUAUAGAAAAGGACAAACAAAUACUGCCGCAGCAUUACAGCUUUUAAUGAAAGAAGUGAAACCAAAACUGAAAGUAUACACAGCGCCUUUUAUAGCUAUUGUUAUAACUGAUGGGAAAUCCCGUGAUGCAAAUGCUACUCGGCACGCAGCUAAAUUGCUCCAUAAAGUUGGAGUAAACGUUUAUGCAAUAGGAGUCGGAAAACGUUUUGAUACAAAAGAAUUAAACGCAAUAGCAAGUGACCCUGCAAAUAAUGUACUUCUCGUCGCUAGCUAUUCAGCUUUGGAAAAGAUUGCUCGUUACUUUGGUGUUAAAACUUGUAAAGAUAUUACAACUUUACCGCCAACAAUACCAACAACGACACCGACAACAACAAAGAUAACGACACCAGUCACAACUACAACAGCAGCAGCAACAACAACAACAACAACACAAGCCACAACAAUAACAUCAACAACUAUACCGACCACUAAAACCACGGAAAUGCCGCCACAACAGGAUCAAUCAAGUACUGUGUCGUUUGGAUAUGACAUUCUAACAUUGGGAAUUUACCGCACCGAUAUAAUUACACAGUUUAUACAGACCAUGCUUCCAUACACACCAUAUGGAAGAUACAGAACAUUCUCUUUUGUUGAUUGCCCACAAAGCUAUAAUCAGCCAUUUACAACUUUAAUUAAUAAAACAAACGCUGAACUUGGUAAACUUAUUAAACCAACAUACCCGGGACUAACUGGUAUUGUACGCCAUAUGGGAAAAGGACUCAAUAUGCAUCCUAAUUUAUACACAAAGCAAUUAGCUGUUCUAUUUCUAGAUCCAUCACUGACUGUUUUAACUGCUGAGUUAAUGUCAGAAAUAGAGAAUCUAAAACAAUUAGGAACAAAAGUAUUUUUAAUCAACGUUGGAAAUACUAUAUGGCCAAAUGUUCAGACAUUGCAUUCUAUGAGCAGUCAACCGUACACUCAUUAUAUUUACAAUAUUCCAUCUUAUAAUCAAUUAUUGUAUACAGCCCACCAUUCACCUUGCAGUUUUCGACCAUUAUGUAAUCAAAAAGUUAUCUGAAAUAAAUAUUU